GCGUCUCGCUUGCUCUCGACUUUCAUCGCCGCACUCUUAACUCGAAUCAGGCGGACAACUCGUCCACGACACGUUACUCAACUAUGGAUGCAUGUCUUGCUGAACUCGCCAAGCUUGAGAAGUUGACAUCCCCGACUGGGAAGGGGAAGGCCCCUCCUGUACCGGACUCGCUGGACUCGCUGCUUCAGUCAUUACGCGAAGCCCGCGCGCAGUGCGAAGCUGGGAGCAUAUCUGCUUCGUCGCUCAAGUCGCUCUCUCGCACUGUGGAUGCACGGAAGAAGGAAAUCGACGACCGUCAGAAGGAGGUGUACAACGCUGUCUCGAAGCUAGGGAAGGCACUCGACAAGAAAUUCACUGCGUCUAUACCAUCUUAUCCAGGUCUCUUUGUUUCCCCAGAAUCGGCGGCGGCACUUGACCGUACGGUGGUCGUCCACCUUCUGCGCACAGGCCAAUUCGAGACGGCGGAGACAUUCAUUGCGGAAUCGGGCUUCCCAAUAACGGACGAACUACGGUUAAAAUUCGUUGAUCUGCAUAAGAUCCUGCAAGCCUUGCGAGCUGCGGACAUUGGGCCAGCUUUAGACUGGACACGCAGUCAUCGAGACUUCCUACGCGUGCGACGGUCUCCACUUGAAUUCAACCUGCAUCGCUCGCAAUACAUCCGCAUCCUUCUCUCCUCCGACCCGCCAAAUCCCCUGCCUGCUAUAGCUUAUGCCAACACGCACUUGCGACCCUUUUUCGCCGAACACUCGACAGAGUUCAUGCGCCUCAUGACUUGCGUCGCCUACCUGCCAUUGAGCAAGCUUCAAGCAUCACCCUACGCGGACCUUGCGUCGCCGACUCUGCACUCCGACCUCGCGCCGCUCUUUGCCAAGGAAUACUGCGCCAGCAUGGGCAUGAGUCGGCAGGUUCCGCUGCGCGUGGUGGGCGACAUCGGGGGCAGCGGGGCGCUAUCCCGCAUCGAGAAAGCCCGCAAGGUCAUGCGCGAAGGCAAGGGCGAGUGGAGUCAGGCGGACGAACUUCCGAUCGAGAUACCUCUGCCUCCAGAGAACCGGUACCACUCCAUCUUUGCGUGCCCCGUGUCGAAGGAGCAGGCGACAGAGACGAACCCGCCGAUGAUGCUGCAGUGUGGGCAUGUGCUGGCAAAGGACAGUUUGCAGCGCUUGCCGAAGACGCAAGGGCUGGUGAAGUGUCCCUAUUGUCCCAUCGAGUCGAACCCUUCGCAAGCUUUGGAAGUGCAUUUCUAAUCUCUUUUCCUGCGGAUUUAUACCAAGCAUCAUCGUGUAAUACUAGCCUGUACAGUAUCUGUAGUUGCGUUACCUCACUACUUCGGACAUUUAGCGGCAGCUAGGAUGGGAACGGGAGCGCGGACCGUAUCGAGUUUAGCGCGCUUGACUUGUUUCGUCCCGCUCCCCGUCUUCUUCGACUUCGAAGUGCAAUCGCA